ACGCCAACCGAUGGUCCACAAUCAGUUAUGAUAAAUAUGACAAAUGUGACAAAUCCAACAAGUAUGACAAUGAAUGGGUCUUCUUCUCCUUCCACUACCACUAAUUCUACAGAGGAAGAAGGAGGAGGCUUAGAAACUGGAGCUAUUGUUGGCAUUGCUGUUGGAGGAGCUGUACUUGCUAUCGUUCUAGUCGUUAUCAUCAUCUUGGUGAUCAAGAAGCAACCGAGGAUGUGCAGGCGUCAACGUCCCGUUGCUGAAUUGGCAAAGGAUCGAGAGCGGCGGACAUCUGAAGCCAGUGGUGUUGUGCUGAUGGAUGACCAGGGAGUGCGUAAAGACAGCAUUGAAUCUGCAGAUUAUUCUGUCCACUACCAAACACACGAGGGCACUGUGAACACCUCCAUCAAGUAUCACAAGACUGACACACCAAGCAUGUGGGUAACGCAAGGAUCCAUGUCAUCAGGUAGCACAACCCAGCCCACACAUCUCGUAUCAUCAGCAACUGUCAUCGUCCCUACGCCCGGUCUAUCAGGCCAGACCGCCGCACAGAAACCAUCCUACAGCAAGCCUUCACGCGACACAUUCAACCGCAGCCAUGGUCAACACGGAUCGGGUACAGCCACGGAUCUGCAGGCGGCGGCAUAUCAGGCGCUGGCAUCGGGAUCACCUCGCAAUGCAACCGAAAGGUUUAUGAGUGCUGCUCAGCCUCACCCACCGCCUUCAACGCCACGAAAACCUGACAACAACAGCGGACUUAACCCACAGGAAACCUACUCUCACCUGAGCCGCUGCGGCUCGAAUGCCGACGGCGUUUCCGUGAGUGGCUACUUGACAGCGCGCACACCGGAGAACAAUGCGGCUGCCCCUCCAGCAGAAGCUUACGGAAGUCUUCACCUGCCAGCAGUGUAUGACGCACUGCAAGACAUGAACCAGAACAAGUCCGUAUCAGACUCCCCCUACAGCCUGUAUGGCGAAGUGAACGAUGGCGUUCGUACCCCGUCUCGUGGUGCUUCACCAAGCGUUGGAGCCAUGGCAAUGGCAGCAGCGGUGCCAGCCCAGACAGCAGGACGCUGCACUCCCAACAGGUAUGGUGACAAUACGGCUGGCCCUGCAUUGCAACCUUACGGCAGUCUACAACAGCCAGAGAGGUAUAGCGCACUGCAGGAGAGAAGCGGAGUUCCUUCAUUGCGUGAACAGCCACCAACACCACAAGCCAGCAGUCGAGCGGCGUCAGUAGCUCUACAGUUUGAGGAGUAUGAGUGCUACGGACGAGCACCUGUUCCCUUGCAUGAUGCUGGAGAAGCUGCAGCUGAAAGAUUCAUGCAUAUUCCUGGUCACAUCAGCCCCAACCAGGCGUAGAAUCUCCGCGGCAUGGCACCUAAUCCAGCGAACGAGGAUCAACAAGGCUAACUCUAGCCCUCAGCGUCACAGCCCGAGAUAUCAGAGUGAAGUCCCCUGCUAACGCUGCUGAACCAUCGAACCAGUGUGUUGCAUGAAGAGUGGAACCAACUUAGUAUGUAAGAUGUACACCAGGUUUGUACGCUAUUUUUCCUACGCAUGCAUUUUCCAACUAUCAGUGUAACUACAUUUUGUGCUGACCAUUUCUUAGUUUAUGUGGACAGCAGCCCUUCUCUCUUCAUACAAUUCCUCGAGAAUCACGCAUUCUAUUGCUAAAAUUAGGUAUGUAAAACACAUGCAGAUGUUUGCUUUAAAUUUGUUCAUCCGAGAAAUUUUUCUCACGUUCAUAUCCAAUCGCUAUAUUAGGUGCUGUUUUAUCUAU